AUGGCGGCUUCUCUUCUCCGGCGAAACCCUAGAUUCACCUCCAUUCCUCUUUCUCUCCGUUUCUCCACCCUCUCCACUCCAUCUUCCUCAAACCCUCGUUCUCCCUCCUCCCUAGACUCAAUCUCCCGAGUGAAAUCGGCGAUCCGCUCCGAGCUCGACCCCGAUCGCAUCGCCACCCUCUUCGAGUCAUCCUCCCACGAGCCUUCCUUCUAUGGUGACCGCCUUAUCUACUCCAUCGCCGUCCGCAAGCUCUGGCGCUCCCGCCGGCCCGACCUCAUCCGCCGUGUCCUCGACCACCAGCUCUCCCACCCCUCCACGCCCAAGUCUGAAGCUUUCUUCGUCCGCACUCUCCUCCUAUUCUCCGAGUCCGGCCUUCUUGACGACGCUGUCGCCACCUUCCACCGCAUCCCCUCCCCACGCACCGACCGCUCCUUCUCUGCUCUUCUCUCUGCCUUCCUCGAUAACCAGCAAGUCCAGCGCCUCCGUGAAUCCUUUGUUAGUAUUCCCAAAGAGCUUGGCGUCUCCCCCGGCGUCUCCUCGUACAACGUUCUCAUCAAGUCCCACUGUGUCGAUGGUGAUCUUUCCGCUGCGCGCCAAGUGCUCGAUGAAAUGCGUGAGAGAGGAAUCGAUCCCAACAUUGUAUCUUAUAACACUUUGUUAGAUGGUUAUUCGAAAAAAGGUGAUGCUUUUGGGUUUGAAGAGAUUCUUGGGGAGAUUAAAAGCAGAGGAUUGGAUUUCAAUUUGGUCACUUAUAAUUGUAGGCUAUCGGCACUCUGCGCGCAAGGAAAGAGCUCCGAGGCAGAGGAAUUGUUGGAUGUCAUGGUUUCUAACGGUUUGAAGCCCAAUAGGAUUAGCUUUGAUGCUGUCAUUGAUGGGUUCUGCAAAGAAGGCAAUGUGAAGUCUGCGCUGAGAGUCUUCACAAGGAUGCGGUCAGGGAAGAAGGGAAAUGAGGCUGGUGAUGAAGCUGGUGGCGAGAAUGAUAUUGUGUUACCGAGUUCAAAGACAUAUAGUAAGUUGAUUCGGAGCUUGGUGCAAAAAGAGGAGCUUGAGUUGGCGUUGGAUAUUUCGAAGGAGUGUUUGGAAAAGAAGUGGACACCCCCUUUUGAUGCUAUGAAGGGGUUAGUGAAUGGUUUGGUUAAGAAUUCUCAGAUUGAUCUUGCAAAGGGCAUUCUGAAGAAGAUGAGGAAGGGUCUGAGGGGUGAUGCCAUUGAUGCGUGGAAGAAGGUGGAAGGUGCUCUUCAGUUGUAG